AUGUGGUGGUGGAACAAGCUCAUAGAAUGGCUGCGCGGCCUGUUCUUCAAGAAGGAGAUGGAGCUGUCGCUGAUUGGGCUACAGAAUGCCGGGAAGACCUCCUUGGUGAACGUUUUGGCUACGGGUCACUUUUCCCAAGACAUGAUCCCGACGGUCGGCUUCUCGAUGCGCAAGGUCACGAAGGGGCGCGUGACGAUCAAGGUGUGGGACCUCGGCGGCCAGGCGCGCUUCCGGUCCAUGUGGGAACGCUACUGCCGCGGCGUGGGCACUAUCGUCUACGUGGUCGACGCGGCCGACCAGGCCGUCAUGGAGGCCAGCGCGCGCGAACUCCACUCGCUCCUAUCCAAGCCCAGCCUCUCAGGGAUCCCGCUGCUGGUGCUGGCGAACAAGAGCGACCUGCCGCAGGCGCUCCCGGUCCAGGAGUUCGUCGCGCGGAUGGAGCUCGACGCGCUGCGGGAGCGGGAGGUGUGUGUGUACUGUGUGUCGUGCAAAACGGGACAGGGCAUCGACCUCGUGCUGCAGUGGCUCACGGAGCACGCCUCGAGCUGA